CACCAAAGCUGAUUUUCAAACUCAGUCGUGCAUGCUGGCAGCCCGCUCAUCAUCGCGCAAUUACUAAUAAUCUCACAAGACGAUGGUUAUGAUUUGAUCUGUUUUCGUGUUUUACCAUAGACGUAUUUCUCACCCCCUAGCCGUUAUCUUUCGCCGCGGAAACAAAACCUCACGCAUCGACUUCGCAACGAAAUUUAUCGUCAGUGCAGCGCAUACCUCCUACGAAAGCAAAAUUUACAGACUGGCAUAAUGGCGGAGCCACCAGCGAAACGUGCACGGAGACCCGAUAGCUCUACAAUGUGGGAUCAAGAUGAUACGAGAACACGUUCACCCGAGCCAGACUUAGAUUACGCCAGAAGUCCGCGGCGGGAGCAUGGAAAGGAGUAUGGGCGGCGCGAUGGACCCAGAGAUGAUCGAAGAUAUCGCUCGCGCUCGAGGGAUAGGAGAGACAGGAGACGCGAAAGGAGCAGGUCAGGGGAUCGUCGGGAUCGCGAUCGCAGGGACAGAGACAGAGACGGACGAAGUACGAGGGAGAGGACUAUCAGCAGGGAGAGGCAUCAUGAUAGACGAGGAUACCCAUCGAAAGGAGAAAGAUAUCGAUCCCGAUCCCCUAUCCGGAACGGCAACAGAGUUAGAUCCAGGACUCCACCUCCUAGAGGCCCACGAGGCGAUCGCAACGUUGAUCGCAGAGACCCUCGAACACAGCCGAAUGGUGUAGCGGACAUAAAACUGCGACACGACCGGCCCCGGGACGAAACCGAAAUGGACCUUGACGAUGCUGUCGGAGAUGACGAUUUCGAAGAGAUGAUGCGCCGGAGUAUGGGCUUUACAAGGUUCAGGAGCACGAAGAACACUAAGGUUCCUGGAAACAAUGUCUACGGCGUUCGGAAGGAGAAGAAGACGGAGUACAGACAGUACAUGAACCGUAUAGGAGGAUUCAACCGACCGCUCAGUCCAUCCAGGCAGUGAUUUCGACACGGGUUCUCUCUGCCAAGACUUCGUGUCCCUUUCAUUAUAUCCCAAGCCAUUUUCUCCUUCAUAUCUUCUCUAUCUUCUAUUUCCAUUGUUUUUCUUAUUGGGUGAUAUCAUUGUUUUUUCCUUUCACGGGUUCACCGCGAAAUGCAUUACUGGCGUAAGAUUUCGGGUGGUUUUUGCUAUUCCAAGCUCGAAAACCAGGCGAAUGAAAGAAUAUUUAAAUGUGCCUGGACAGUCAAAGAUUGACCGAAAUUCAAGUAUUUUGAG